AGGAGAUGGACAUACUUUUCGCAAGUAGCCCCAACAUGAAGGUACUCAUUGUCUUUGCCUUGGCUCUGGCCUACGCCUCUGGAUCGGCCCUGCGCUCCGGACUUGAUGGUCGCAUCACCCGCGGCGAGGAUGCCCGCGAGGAUCAGUUCCCCUACCAGGUGGGACUAUCCCUGAAGAUCGGCUCCUCCUCGGCCUGGUGCGGAGGUUCUCUGAUCGGACACGAGUGGGUUCUGACCGCCGCUCACUGCACUGAUGGUGUUGACUCCGUCGAGGUUUACCUGGGCAGCACUGUCCGCGACAGCCCUAAGGUUAAGCACCACGUUGCCAAGAAGGACAUCAUCAUCCACGCCGACUGGAACAGCCGCACUCUGCGCAACGACAUCUCCCUGAUCCGCAUCCCGCACGUCGACUACAGCGCCGCCAUCCACAACGUGGAGCUGUCCCGUAGCGAUGCCUCCUAUGACGGUGAUGAGGUGAUCGCCUCCGGCUGGGGCCGCACCUCAGACUCUGCUUCCGGCGUUGCUGCCCGCCUCCAGUACGCCCACAUGAAGGUCAUCUCCAACUCCCAGUGCAAGAGGACCUACUCCUCCACCAUCCGUGACUCGAACAUCUGUGUCUCCACCCCUGCUGGUGUCUCCACCUGCAACGGCGACUCUGGUGGCCCAUUGGUUCUGGCCUCCGACAAGGUCCAGGUUGGUCUGACCUCUUUCGGAUCCUCUGCUGGUUGCGAGAAGGAGUACCCCGCUGUGUUCACCCGUGUGUCCAGCUACCGCGACUGGAUCAAGGAUCACACUGGCAUCUAAGUCAAUCUGAAUAAAAAAUUGAUAGUUC